UUGACCUUGAAUAUCAAAAAUUUUAGAUACCCGAUCUGAAUAUUUCUAUCAAAAUGAUAGUUUCCAAAUAUCCUAUUCGACAGCAUUUUCGAAUCGGAUAACCGAUUAUACUUGCCUCUGUUUGAUGUUGCUUUCCCCUACUUUUUCGGGUCGGAUUCUGCUUCUACUGUGUCUCCUAUCCUCUUCUUUCCAAUUCCGUCUCCCCCUUUUUUUCAUCACACCUUUUCAGUUUCCAUUUAAUUCGUUGGACAGAGUAAGCUCUCUCCUCUGUUCAGCAAUGGCGGCAACCAUGGCGUCUUCUUCUUUCCUCACAACACGAAUACUCUCUUCUUCAUCUCUUUCUACUCACUCCAAACCAAGCAGCAUUACCUCUUCAUCAUUUUCCACUAAUUUUCUCUCUCCCUUCGUUGGCGGCAGCGUUUUUGGAGAUUUCUCUGGCAGCAAACUCCGACCACUUUCUCUCUCCUCGUCUACUUCUCGUCCUAAACGCGGCGUUGUGACUAUGGUUAUACCUUUUUCCCGAGGAAGUGCUUGGGAGCAACCACCCCCGGAUUUGGCCUCUUACUUGUACAAGAACAGGAUAGUUUAUUUGGGCAUGUCUCUUGUUCCUUCUGUUACUGAGCUUAUACUUGCAGAAUUUCUUUAUCUUCAAUAUGAGGAUGAGGAAAAACCGAUUUAUCUUUAUGUAAAUUCUACUGGCACGACGAAGGGUGGUGAGAAGUUGGGCUAUGAAACAGAGGCAUUUGCGAUAUAUGAUGUUAUGAGGUACGUCAAGCCGCCUAUUUUCACUCUCUGUGUUGGUAAUGCCUGGGGAGAGGCAGCCUUGCUUUUGGCUGCUGGUGCAAAGGGAAAUCGUGCAGCUCUUCCAUCUUCUACUAUUAUGAUGAAACAGCCCAUUGCUAGGUUUCAAGGCCAAGCAACUGAUGUUGAGCUUGCUAGGAAAGAAGUUACGAAUGUGAAGGCAGAAUUGGUUAAACUAUUCUCAAGACACGUUGGGAAGUCUCCUGAAGUGAUUGAGGCUGACAUCCGUCGCCCAAAAUAUUUCAGCCCUAGUGAAGCUGUUGAAUAUGGGAUCAUUGAUAAGGUUCUCUACAAUGAAAGGAGCCCAGAGGACAAAGGAGUUGUUGCAGACCUGAAGAAAGCACAGUUUAUUUAGAUAUGCAGAAACCUUCGAUAAGUUCUCAUGACGAGUUCGGGCUACUGUCCAGUUUUCACGCUUGCAUGGGAAAACCUCAGUUACGUUCUGAUCAUGAAAUCGAUGUGCAGGAACCUCUCUAUUUUCUGAAAGUGAUGAUGCCUUGUAUGAAGUCUGCAAUUGUAAUGAAGCGCUCCAGAUCAUGUAUACUGGAUUCAAGUGACUGUUUGGUUAAACUAAGAGGGUAUGGUCAAACAGGGAAUGGGUUGACUGUUUGUGAGGAAAUUGGUGCCAAGUUAAAAACAUGUAUAUUUUUGUUACAGGAUAAAAUGCGAUAGGUCAAGGAACAUAAUUCCUAGAUUGAAUAUGAUACUACCUCGAUAUUUUUGUUAUGUUUCUUUCAAAUAACAUCAAUACUGUGUAGUAAAAUCUUGAUGCUGUAAGAUAUGAGAUUGAAGUGGCUUGUCUUAA